CAGAGGGCGAUCUAAUGUGAGAGAAUGAGAAAAAAGCAUCGGCCGUUGACCGGCAACCGCAAAAACAGAAUAAAAAUCCACAGCAAGUCCAGAAAACUUUGUUCCUAAAUAAAUCAGCAUUCCGAAAACCAGUUUCAUCGCAUAUAUAUUGUCAUCGUAGUUACCAAUUUCUGUUAUAAACACAUAUCUGUUUUUAAAAUAGAUAUUCGACAUAUCGAAACUGUAAGAUUUAAGCAAACAAAAGUAGAAUUUUUACUUGUGAUUGCUUUGUUUUUCUUUAUUACCCUUUACAAUCAUGGGCAGCAACAAACAUUUGAGUACUGGAUCAAAGGUUCCUUCUUUGGAACAAGGCAAAUUAAGGCUGUACAGCAUGAGAUUUUGUCCCUAUGCACAAAGGGUUCAUCUAGUUCUUGAUUCCAAGAAAAUUCCAUAUGAUGUAGUUUAUGUGAAUUUAACUCAAAAACCUGAAUGGUUACAAGAAAAAAGUCCUUUAGGCAAAGUGCCUUGCAUAGAAUUUGAAAAUGGUGAUACAUUGUAUGAAAGUUUGAUUAUUUCUGAAUAUUUGGAUGAAGCUUAUCCAGAAUCUACUUUGUUUCCAAAAGAUCCAUUAGCAAAAGCUAAAGAUAAGUUAUUAAUCGAAAGGUUCAAUGAAGUUAUAACAACCAUAUACAAAAUAUACUUUGGGAAAGGUGAUGAUAGGGAUCUAUUUAAUGAAGUUUUGAAAGGUUUAGAUAUUUUUGAUAAAGAAUUGGCCAAAAGAGGAACUCCAUUUUUUAAUGGAAGUCAACCAGGUAUGUUAGAUUUAAUGAUUUGGCCAUGGUGUGAAAGAGCAGACAUUUUAAAACUUAUACGAGGAGAACAUUUUGUUAUUCCAAAAGACAGGUAUCAUAGACUGUUAGAAUGGAAAGUGGCUAUGAAAGAAGAUGCAGGUGUGAAAAGAAGUUUUUUAGAUGCAGAAACUCAUGCAAAAUACAUGAAAAGCCGUAUAGCAGGCAUUGCACAAUAUGAUUUUUAAAACAUUCAAGAUUGUAAGAUAAACUAAAUAACUAAAUCUAUUCAAAGACAUAUUUUGUACCAAUCUAAAGGCACAAUUGCACAAGCAUUUUAUACGAUAACAUUCCCACAAAAAUUUAUACUUGAUAUGGUAAAAGUUACUUGACAUUGUAAAACAAUGUCAGAUAUAUCUACGUUUAAGUGUUCAGGAAUGAUUAUCAGUUAACUUGACUUUGACUACUAAGUAAAUAUCAUCAAUAAAAGUUGAUAUCUUUAAAUUAAAUUGGCUUAAUAAAUUAAUUUUUCAAUCGAAACUUUACAAAAAUAUAGAUCUGAAUUUUCGUAAUUAUGUUAAUUAAAUAUAGAAUUUUCGAACUAAACAUUUGAUUAAAGAUUGAAGUUGGUUAAUAGAACAAUUUAAAACUGAUCAUACUUUCAGAAUUCGAAGACAUUAAGAGUUAAGCAUCAAUAUUUAUAUUUAUAUUUAUGUAUAGAAAUUGUCCGAGUUUGUACCUUCCCGCGCAUCUUUGAUGACAGUGACAGUUUAAAAAUUGCUGUCGCUACAAGUAACAAAAGCUGCACGUCAAGUGUAAACGGAUUUUCUCGACCUUUCACAUCGAUUCGAUCAAAAUCGUAUAUACACUUUUAGAAUAGCAAUGUACAAAGACAUUUGAAUACCGAUAUAGACAAUAAAUAAUUACCAUACCAAUUACAAUUACUUAUAAAUUAAUACGAGAUUUCAAUUAUAAAUUUAGACUCCAAAGUUCCAGCAUUACCAAAAGGCAGGCUCUACAGUAUGAGGUACUAUCACUGUCUAAUAGAACUUAUUUGAUACUUAACGCAAAAAAAAAAUCCGUGAGAGUAUUGUUUAUGAUUUUAAUUUAUGAUUGUUGAGAUAAAAAAUAGAAAAAAUCUCGAAUGAUACGUGAAUUAUUGCUUCUUACUAUGUUUUAUAAUAUUUCGUAUUUUGUUGCUGAAAUAUAUACGUAUACAGCGAUUUAUAU